ACCAUGUAAAGAGUGUAAACAUUUAAAACCAUCUUUUACAAUGGCUUUAAAGGAUUAGAAUAUGUCAAGUGUAAUAAUGAUGUAACUUGUACUACUAGUUUUUUCAAAGUUUAUAAACUAUAACUUCCAGUGUCGUUUACAAUUUGUUUGUAACUUUUUUGAUUAAGUAACGCUAUUGCAGAUAUGUUUGUGAUAUGUCUAGCACUCAUAACUUUGUUUAUUGGAUUAUUUUUCCUGCGUUGUUUAUUAAAACGUAUCUUUCACCCUCUUCGAUUAUUACCAUCACCAAAAGAACAUCUCAUUACUGGUCAUAUUAGUCACUUUCAAGGCCGUGACCAUUCUAACACCUUUUUGAGUUUCAACGAAAAAUUUAAAGAAGAAGGUUUAUGCACGCUAGAUACAUUAUAUGUGCCCAGGUAUGUUUAUCUAAUUGCUCCAGAAUUUAUUAAAAAAAUAUUUGCUGAUGGCAAACUUUUUCAAAGAACUACUUCAAUUAGAAUUAUGGCACCUUCAAUUGGAAACAGCAUGCUUAGUUCAAAUUACGAAGACCAUCAUUGGCAAAGAAAAUUAUUCAAUGGAGCAUUCACUUCACAACAGCUAAAAAACUAUUUUCCUUCAUUUUUAACGCAUACUAAUUUACUGAUGAAAAUUUGGUCUUAUACAUGUGAUAAAGAAAGUGGGACAAACUUAACUGUUUUGGAUGAUUUGUCUAAUCUGUCAUUUGAUAUAAUCGGUGAUGUUGGUUUUGGUUACCAAUUUAACACAAUUACAUCUCAUUCUCGUAAUGAAUUUACUUCAGCUAUUCGGUAUUUGGCUGAAAUUCAACUCAAUGCUAGUGUGUUCUUAAAAGUUUUAAUAAGUUAUUUUCCAUUUUUAAUUCAAUUGUUGGUAAUGUUUGGGAAGCGUAGAAAAUUUAUACAGAUUGUCCGUAAAACAUUGAACAAGCUUAUUGAAAAACGUAAAAAAGAAAUUGAUGAUGGAAUAUCAACAGAAGAGAAAGAUAUUAUAACAAUAGUUUUAAAAGAUCAACAGCAAGAGAGCAGCAAGUUAACAAAUGAUUUGAUCAGAGAUAAUUUAUUAUUAUUUCUCGUAGCUGGUCAUGAAACAACUUCUAAUGCUAUGACUUGGUGUUUAUAUAUGUUAGGCACUAACUUAGAAGUUCAAGAUAAACUUAGAGAAGAGAUUCUGAAAAAUAUAUUGGAUGUAAAUAAUAUUUCUUUUGAGGAAGUUAUGAGUUUAAAAUACUUGGAUUGUGUUGUUAAAGAAACCUUGCGCUUGCAUGGACCUGCACCAAUUUUACGCAGAAGGACCAUGAAUGCAAUAAAAUUUGGUGAAUAUGAAGUUCCUGCAAACACAGUACUACAAACCCAUAUUAGCAGUCUACACAUGAAUGAGACUAUUUAUGCAGAUCCUCAUUUAUUUAAACCUGAAAGAUUUAUGACAGGCGAAAUACCAGCAACAUUCUAUCUUCCUUUUGGGCAUGGUGUUUAUAACUGUAUUGGAAAGAAUUUUGCUUUGCUUGAAAUCAAAACAUUUUUGGUCAAAGCGCUGUUGCAAUUCGAAUUUUCUGUUGACCCUAAGCAUGCAAAUUAUACAAAGGUUAUUUGGCUAACUGCAAAAACAACUGAACCAUUGUCAAUCAGAGUAAAGCCUAUUGUAGAUUGAGAUUCAACGGAGGAUUAAAACUUCAUUUAAAACUUUUAAAUCCUAGUAUUUAUAAUAAUGAUUGUUUGGGGUUAUCAUUUGAUAUUUUUUUGAAACAAAGUAAAAGGUUUUGAUGUAAUUCUUUUUAAAAUUAUACUAAUACAUUAUAUGAAUGUUUUUUUAAACAAAUCAAAAAAAAAAAUUGUUGCCUUAUUAAAGCCCAAUUUGAAUUAAAUCUUAUCUUUGAACGUUUUUUUUUUUUUUUGCUAAAACAGUUAUGAAAAAUUUUUUUCUGUUUAAUUAUAACUUUAUUUUAUUUACUGUUUUCAGUUUUCAUGUAAAUUAACUAUAUAAUUAACUAAAUAACAUUUACUUCCUAAAGAUUGUUAUUUGAUAAAGUGAAGGAGAAAUUAUUUUAGUUGUUCAAUAAUUAACCUAUAAACACACGUAGAAAUAUAUUUUUAAAAUUAA